UAUAAAUUCCCGCGCACUCUGACGAACGUCCCCAGUUGGCGUCCCGCGAGGAUCAAAGUUGUUGACUUAACUCUACCGUUCAUUUCUCCUCUACACCACCACCAUGAGCUCUGAAGCAGCUGAGACUAAGGAGGUUCCUGAGACCACCCCACAGGAGGAGAAGAAGGAGGAGGCACAAGAAGCCGCUGAGACCAAGGAGGUCGCAGAGACCACCCCACAGGAGGAGAAGAAGGAGGAGGCGCAGGAGGCCAAGGAGGAGAGUAAGGAGGAAGCACCCAAGGAAGAGGGAGAGAAGGAAGAGGAAAAGAAGGAGGAAGAGGCGCCUAAAGAGGGCGAGGAGAGCAAGGAAGCCCCCGCGGAGGAGUCCAAAGAGGCGGAAGCCCCGGCCGAAGAGGCAACCAAAGAGGCCGCCGCUGAAUCUUAGAGUCUCGUAUCCCCUUCCUUUUAUCUUUUUAUGUUAUUAUAAUGGCAUUUAGAAUCUUUUCUUACUGAUUUUUAUUAUUAAUUAAAUGUUAUUCAAGUGCUUAUACAUGAAGAUCGCGAUGCUCAUUUGUUUUUGUGUCACUUUUUUUUGAAGCAUCAUGGUCUUGUAAAUUUGCUCACGUGGUAUUUUCCCCCUGUCUUUGGUGGUAUGUUUUGCUUGUGAUUGAUGGAUGAGUGGAUGUAGUGCCUUUUAUACAGUGUUUGUAUAAUCAGAACAAGGGCAUGUAUAGUCAUAUGUCAAAAUAGUCUCCUGUGGUUUGUGACUGGACAGAGUGCGUGGUUUCUUUUCGAAAUUAGUAGUCUAGCGACGUAUACGAAAUUGUGAAAAUAGUUUUACACCUUUAACAGUAUUCUAUUAGUGUUUUAAGAGCUGAAUUUGUAAAAAAAAAAUGGUAAAAAAAAAUGUAGUGGAUGUUUUUGCAUCCGACCACAUGAAAUCCUCGCAAAUCCCACUUUGUUUAAUAGAAAAGUUAAAUUCUUGAACAUUCAUGAUUCUCGAUAAAGUUUUGGAUCAGUCUUGUUGGAAUAAAGGUUUGGCAUUAACAAAAUUUCUUAACCAUAUGAAUUUUCUGUUACCAUCAACUAAAUAUAUGCCAUACUAGA